AUGGCCGCCGCGUUCGCACAGGCUUCCGCGACGUCGCGCGUCGCGGCGCCGCGCCCGUCCGCCGGCGCGCAGCGUCCCGCGCGCACCUCCGCCCCCGGCCGAUGCCGCCGCGUCGCUCCCACCACCACCCCUCGACGCGGCGAGCAUGCUCGAAUGCGCGCGGAGUUUGCCGAGAUCGACGCGGACGCCGAGACGGCGCCCGGCGGCGUCGCGGAGGGCCGCUUCGGCCCCGACGCCAUCCUCCUCGCGGGCUUCGACGCGGCGGGCACCAAGGCGUGGCGCAAGCAGCUCGACGACGUGGGCGCCGACAUGGUCCGCCUCGUCACCGCCACGCAGGACAUGAUGUCCGGGACCCUCGGCGAGGCGCUGGAGACCGUCCAGGCGGACGCCGCCGCCGUGGCCACCGCCCCGGACGUCCCGCGGAUGAUGUUCUUCUCCGGCAUGGUGGGCGGCGAGAUCAUGCAGCUCGUGGAUCUCUGGACGCAGAUGGACGUCGGCGGGUGCAUCUUCGCCUGCGCGGUGCCAAACAACUGGGACGGACGGCUGGACGAGCUCGUCGUGGAGAUCUCCGAGGAUCACCAGAUGAUGAUGGAGCGGGAGGCGACGGGACAGGGCGUGCCGGAAGAGGAGGAGUUCACCGAGUACAAGGCGGAGAGUGUCAAGAACAGGGCGUGAGGGGAGGGUUCGCGGCGACUGAAAUUGUAAAUCUAAACACUGCUGAG